CUCAUUCACAUAUAACUCUCUAGGCCUUCAUAUCCAUAGAAUUAAACUUGGGGGCUUCUCUCUAAUUCUAAAAAAUGGCCAAGUUUUGGCCUCUUAUGAUAUAUGCUUGGGCAGUAUGCUUCAUGGCAACCAAUGUAGCUGCUACUUCCAAACCUUAUAUCUAUGCAUCUCCACCUCCUCCACCUUAUGUUUACAAGUCUCCUCCACCACCAUCUCCGCAUCGACUUCCUCCUUACAUCUACAAGUCUCCGCCUCCUCCUUCACCCUCCCCUCCACCUCCACCUAAGCAUUACUAUAAGUCUCCUCCUCCACCUCCUAAGUACCACUACAAAUCACCACCUCCCCCACCUUAUAUUUACAAGUCCCCACCACCACCAUCUCCAUCCCCACCUCCCCCAUACAUUUACAAAUCUCCUCCUCCCCCAUCUCCAUCACCUCCCCCUCCAUAUGUCUAUAAGUCACCACCUCCAUCAUCCCCAUCACCGCCACCCCCUUACGUCUAUAAGUCCCCACCGCCACCAUCACCUUCACCACCACCUCCAUAUGUCUACAAGUCUCCACCGCCACCAUCACCAUCCCCGCCACCUCCUUAUGUGUAUAAGUCACCACCUCCACCAUCACCAUCACCACCCCCUCCUUACAUCUACAAAUCCCCCCCACCACCUUCUCCUUCACCCCCACCUCCCUAUAUCUAUAAGUCUCCACCUCCACCAUCUCCAUCACCACCUCCUCCAUAUGUCUACAAGUCUCCACCACCCCCAUCCCCAUCACCACCACCUCCCUAUGUCUACAAAUCUCCUCCACCUCCAUCUCCAUCACCACCUCCUCCAUAUGUCUACAAGUCUCCACCACCCCCAUCCCCAUCACCACCCCCUCCCUAUGUCUACAAAUCACCUCCACCUCCAUCCCCAUCACCACCACCUCCUUAUGUAUACAAGUCUCCACCACCACCAUCUCCAUCCCCACCACCUCCAUAUGUCUACAAAUCCCCACCUCCUCCAUCUCCCUCACCACCUCCUCCAUAUGUUUACAAGUCCCCACCUCCACCAUCCCCAUCCCCACCACCUCCUUAUAUGUACAAGUCCCCACCACCCCCAUCUCCAUCACCACCACCUCCCUACGUCUACAAGUCUCCGCCUCCACCAUCCCCAUCGCCUCCUCCUCCAUACCUUUACAAAUCACCACCUCCACCUCCCCUUGUGUACUAAAUUAAUUAGUCAACAAUUUCUGCUCUAUUUAUGUUUCUGGCUGUUUGAAAUGAAUAAUCGCAGCUACAAGAAGAAUCCUGCAUUUCUUUCUUGUCAAAUGAUUUAUAAUAUUCGUUGAUUAUUAGUAAUGUCGAGAAGAAUAAGAGAAUUGGGGCGUAAAAAGCAAGGGCACGAAGCUGGGCUUGAGCGGCUUUAAUUUCCUGUCUAGUUUGUUCAAUGUGAUUAAUUUCUAUACUUUUGUACUCUCAUGUGUUCAAAUUUAAUUGAUAAGAUUUAUAUGUCAGUUUCUUAAUUAAUUAAAAGAAAAAAGAUUUGUUUC